AUGUCCUCCAUUGUGUGUCAAAGGUCUCAACCCUGCCUCUACCCGUUGCUCACAGAACCACGUGUUUCGAUACACAAAUCAAAUCCCUUCGAAUCCUUCCCUCAAAAUCAAGAAGAACGCCCUGAGAAUUCUCGCAGCAAAAACAAAAACAGCAACGGCGAAUCCGGUGUUUGGAGCUUCAUACAAUCACUAACCGACAACUCCCACAAUUGCAAAGACCUGUCAGAUAACAACCAAGUCUUUGUCCACCCUCUUGCGAAGCGCUCUGCUUCAGCACUGAGCGUGAAAAGCCUGGAAAUGUGCACAGAGAGUCUAGGAAGCGAAACGGGCAGCGACAUUAGCGAGAGCAGUGACGAAUUCCCUCCUUUUUCAUCCAAAAUUGAGAGUUCUCACUCAGUUGGGAAACUAAAGUCCCGAGACAUGGAAUUCAGUCGGAAACUGAUCCCCGACCGCAGUUUCCCGCCUCCCCUGACUACGAUCAGUGGCUCGGACAGUGUUCGAAUGAGGUCCCACCGGGAAGGCGGCCGGUUAGUUGUAAAAGCCGUUACUGUCGCUUCUUCCAUCGGUUACUUUCAAGCCGAUCGAGCCGACGGCCAUCUUAGGCUUUGUUUGGUGAAAAAUAGUAAAUCUCUGGACUAUGACAAUGAGCAAGUUGAUGAAAGUGACUCUAGAGCUUUAGGCUAUUAUGGUGAUGAUGGGGAUGGUGUUGAUGAUGAUGAUGGUGAUUAUGGUAUGUGGGUUGAGGGCAGAGGAGAGAAUAUUGGGAAAGGUGAGGGUGAAAGUGGGAUUGGAGAGAUUCAAAGGCCAAGUAGGUGCAAGGAAGGUGGUGGGCGAGGGAAGAAAAGGAUGUCCAGUUGGAGGCCAUUUCUUAAAGCUCUCUGCUAA